AUGAAGAGACAACGGUUCUUACAGAUAUAUCAACAUUCCAGUAGGCUAGAUAUGGCAUCACCAGACGCCAUUCCUACCCAGGAGACGACCGGACCCCCUGACGAUUCCGACGACUCGAAUUGGGGAAUCAUCGUUCCCAUCGUCCUCGUCGGUUUAUUCAUUGUCAGCGUCAUCGUAUUUCUUUACUGUCAUUACAUUCGGAGAAAACGACAGGAAAGUCCACCCGAUACCACCAACACGUCACUGAGUCGCUUUUCUCGAAGUCUGGUCGGUAGUUCGACAACGGGAAUAGACUAUGUACGCAGUUCGACCAGGUCGACAACGCCCUUGCGGUCUAGCUUGCGCGGCGACCAGGCGUUCGUAAUGCCGAUGGCGCCUCACUAUCAUAGCGGAAGUCAGCCAAAGUUCACGUUCUACUGGGACAAGGACAAUUGGAAGCUGUGUCCUGAUAGCGUCAACACUAUGCGCGGACAUCUGAACCCUCUCUCCCCUAUUGACGAGAUGGACUCAUCGCUUAUGUCAGAGGACGUUUACACUGACGUGUCCAAAAGUUAUGACGUCGGCGCACAGGCGCCAUUUUCACCUUAUCAUUUGACGUGGGUGACACCACAGGCGCCGCCACCGUCUUACGAGGAAUCGGAAAUUGGAUCUCCGGAGAAACGGCUUCGACUCAUGUCCAUCAAUACCACCAACAGUGAGGAUACUUACAGUACUUGUCAGACGUUCGACAAAGACUCGAACGCUUUCCACGUCCACAACAACACGCCUAAUACAGACGCUGAAUUCUCGGCACAGUGCACCAGUUGUCCUCCCAAAAGUGUCGUUUUAACCAGUGCUGUACUAUCAGAGGCACUAACGAAUACAAAUCUUACAAAUUCCCAUAUGACGUCAUAUCCUUCAACACCUCUGUCCUCAACAGGUGCCAGUAUUUCUUCCUCUAGUCUAGACUCUGGGGAAGAUGACGACACAUCAUUUGUGACGUCAUACCACGACACUAGUUAUCACAUUUCGAGACAAAGCGUGAAUAAUCAGUCAGUGUAUACGUCAGCGCGUGGAAGUCAAGAGGAAAGUGAGGUAAGCGGAGUUCCCAGCCUGCCGAGCAGUAUUUUAUACUACCAUCAGAAAAUGGCUGGUAAUAGGAAUGUGGAGUGGAUGGAAUGCCCGCCCAGAGCGUUUUCUCACCCUUACAAUCAAAGCAUGGCCAGUAGUAUGGGUUCGGCAGAGUCACACUAUACAGACAACACGUCGUUGCUUCCGAAUGUUGGCAGUAGCAACACUUCAGGAAACCCUUCUAUGUCGACGUCCAUACCGCAUUCCAACUUGCCCGGAGUGGUGGAGCAGAAUAGUCAAGGAACAUUCAGUCCUGGCGACCUGUCAAAACUUGUAAAUGAGCUGUCUUCCAUAAGACCAAGUUCAACAGAACCAACGUCCAUCAACAAAGGCAUCGUCAACAGCGCGUGCGCGUACGAGAACAAUAUCGGCGAGAGUUACGUGACGGAACAAAUAUUGCCACAAAAUGCCUCGGACGGUGACGGAAACUUACGUCACAGCAUCACGGAACUGUUCCGCAGCUGGAGCGUGACGGCAGAAUUGGACUACAGUUCUAUGAGUUCCCGUGGCACCACGUCCAUGAAUACCCCACAGCAUGAGAACUCCUUCGCGUGGGACAACUUCCCUUGGCACAAAAAUAAAGAGAAACAAGGACAGCACCAUGAACUAACCCCUCACUUAUUGGAGGACUACAACCAUAACAUUGUCGAACCUUGUGCCAGCGUCAGUGCUACGGAUGUCAACCGACUGGCCACUCCGGGCAGGAAAGUGACAUUUGACGUACCUGUGCUUGUCAGCAAGACGUACUGGGUCUGA